CUUGUUUUUAGAGUGAAAGCUGAACAACUUUUCGAGAUCAAGGGGGACAACAUGAAAUUAGAGUAAGUGUGCAAGAGUGACGUCCCUUGAAUUGAUUAAAGAUGUCAAUUUGUUAAUUGAUCUGGAAAUCCUGUGUAUGAACAGAAUAUAUUAGCUGCAUGAGCACAUACAAUAGAUGUAUAGCUGGUCACGGAGGACAACAUGGAGUGUCAGAGGAGUGAAAAUGAAAAUACAGCAUAUUCCUCUUCAAGUUUGCAAAGCAUGUAUUCGAUGCUAUACUGGAAUGUAUGAGUCAGAAUGGACCAGGAUAUGUGUUUUCUUUAUAACAUUAUGCACUCUGUGUUGUCUAUUGUUUGGUUGGGUAUUGUUUCGAGACCCUUGCUUUGAAUGGGAUAUACGAACUAGUUUAUGUAAUGACUAUGAGAAUGGGUUGAUAGCUGGUUCCCUGUGUUAUGAUCUAUGUGCAGAGGAACUUUCUUUAUUAUCUAAUUGUAUAGAUCAAAACUCCCAUAUUUCUGUAUUUAAAUGGGAAGGAAAUGUGAUAAAAGCCCGUCUACCUGAGAAGGAUGGUACCCAAUCUAAAUCUGUGUCCGGUACCCUUUUUAACAGAGACUCUGUAUGGGAGGGAAUGACACGAAAUGAAUUCUCCAAUGUGAUAAAGAAGUAUUUUUCUCAUAUACUUGGCAACAACGACCAUUCCCGCCUUAUAGAGAGAGCCUUAAGUUUCGCUGACUUCAAUAAAGAUGGCCAGCUGACAUAUGGUGAAGUUAACUCAUUUUGGCAGUUACUUCAGAUCCAAGAAUUCCAGACAUUGUUUAUAUUUCAAGAUAAGUCAGUAUUCCCUCUGCUAAAUGGAACGUGUGGUAACUUGUACUCACAUGAGGCAGCUUAUUAUCCAAUAUUGUACAAUAAAAAUACAUCAUCAUAUAUAGAUAUAGCAUUUCCUAAUAGGUACAGAUGGAAUCUUCCAGAGUUCCCUAAACGAUUACACAUAUCCCUUGGUCUUUUAGAAUAUGUUUAUACAACGAUGGAAACUGAAAAUACAAAGUUUUACAUGUGUAACUUCAGUCCAAAAAACUUUGGAUAUACCCAAUAUUUUGAAAUGAAAGUAUCAAACGUACAAGGUAUUGUAUCAGAGCCAUUUUUGAACACAACGUUACAAAGUAUUACGUGUGAAACUGAUGUAGAUUGUUUAUAUGGUGAUGUUUGUAAAUCUCAGUGCAAUAGUGACCUAGGUCGAUGUUUCGGGGUCGGUGCAAAUUACAUUCCAGACUUAGUCAAAAUAUGUCAUAUCUUGCAGGACUAUAUUGUGUACAACUUGCCAGUUAAAUUGAAAUACACUCUAAGUCACAUUGUCGCAGACUGUAUCAGAAUUGGUAAAAAAUUGCGGCGGAAAAGUCCGUCGAUGAUUCUGGUGGAUCAAAACCUUGCAUUAGAUCGCCUGAAUCAGGUACUUUGGAAUGAGUUAAAAUAUGAAGAGAAUAAGUGGCUGACUAAACCAACGAAAAAACCAGCUGUUGUUUUAUGAAUUGUUUUAAUAUUGUUUAAUUUAGACUCGAGAUUUAUUUGAAAUAGUUCCAACUGGAUGCUGGUUAAACUUGUUAUAAAAUAACUUUAUUAUUGUGAUAACCUGAUACAUUGUAUUGUUGAUUUUUUUUUUUCAAAACUUGAUAUAGGUAUUUUUGGAGAUUGAUUUAUAAAAGUAAAAGAGCUCCACUGAGGUAAA